AUGGUAGUGACACAGAUUGGCGUUCGAACCGCCAAUGAUAAGGAGGAAGAGGCCCGCGAAAAGGCCCUCAUGGAGGCCAUCGCAAAAGAGAAUGAAAAUCCUUUUCAACAAGCCGCACAGGCAAUCUUUGGCCUUGCUGGGAACUUGUAUACCAAUUAUUUGUAUACAUCUGGUACACUGCUCCUCCUAUGGACGUGGUGGGGACUUUAUCCAAGUUACGCACGUUUUCGACACAAACACAUUAUGCGUUUUCGACGACGACGACAAGGGGAGGUGCGUCGGGCGUUGUUUUACACACGUCAUAUACCCAAAUGGGAUAAGAAGUAUCUUCAGCGUAUCGAAUUGCCAGAAUGGUCACGGGAAAGAAUACCAGCAAUGCCGAAAUCCUUUCUGAAGAUGGAUACAUCAUUACAUUCAUCAUCCCUGACACCAGUGCAGAAUAAUGCUGUCAGUGCCUCAGAACUCUCAUCAGCGAUUGCACACGAGAGUGGUAAUAACGAUUUCACCCCACUUGUUACUGCACGGACCUCAGCCGCUGCCACUUUUGCCGGUGCGGCCUGCGCCAAAUCCGAGGGAAUUGUCAUGGCUGGCGUUGAUGCCAUUAAUGAAUCCCUUCCACAUGAUGCCGCAGACGUGGACGUCCACGCGCUGCAGCAACAAGUACGGGCGUUAUUACAACAUGCACACACAACUGUAGUGCUGCGCGAGACACACGCGACGCGGCUGUCUGUGCCGUUGGGCCGUGAAGUGUGGUGGGUCGCAGCGGAUGAGGCGCGACGACGGCGUGAGUGGUGGUUUUGGAUGCAAAUUCUUAUAGUGGCUCGCGUACUGCAGGACCUUCUAGAGAUGCCAGAGAUGCCAGACCUUGUCCAGUAA